GGCCGCGACAGUAACAGGACACAGGAGAGAGCAGAAGCAGGAACAUAGACUGCGCGUGGAUCAUAUAGCAAAGUAAUAGUAGUGAGUAGUGAGGCAGUUGCAACCAAAGAUAACAGACGACUGAUUUAAUUCUGAGCAUCAUUGAGAAUUGACGAGAAAGCUUUCAGGUCUCACACCCUUUCCCUCUUGGCUUUCACUAAUUGAAUGAUGGAGUCUCCCCGUGGACGUGCUCGAGGUCGAGCAAGAGGAAGGGUCAUCGUGUCUGAAGAAUCAUCUGCUGCCCAAGCGCCUGGCGUAACUUCUCCACAACAAGCAAUUAUCCAUCAACCAGCAAUAGCUCAAGCUGAAUCAAGUAGAGGUCGGGGCCGCGCAAGUGUCCAACCAAGACUGCAGACCAUUCAGCAGCCCCCAGCUUUAGCUAGAGUUAAAGUUGAGGAUUCUGUGUCAUCAACAAGAUGUGUUCAGAACAAGAGAGGAACAACUGGACAUCCAAUCAAUUUGCUAUCAAACUACUUUGAGCUUAGCCGCACCCCAGAUUUCACCUUUUACCAAUACUUUGUGAGUUUUACACCUGAGGUGGACAGAAUUGGCGAGCGGAAGUUCAUGCUAAAAUUGCACAUGCCAACAUUGAGAGGUUAUGUAUUUGAUGGUGCUACUCUCUUCAGUACUUUUAAGUACCAAGCUGAUCCUCUCAUUCUUUCUGCUAUAAAUACUAAUGGAGAGCAAAUCACAAUCAGCGUGACCGCUGUUAAAGAAGUGCAUAAUACUUCCAAUAACUUCAAUCAACUGCUGAACAUCUUGGCAAGAAGGUGCUUGAGUUUGAUGGGACUUACCAGAUUGGGUCGAGAUUUUUACGAUCCCCAGGCCAAGAUCAUGAUCGAAGAUUUUGGGUUAGAACUCUGGCCUGGAUAUACCACCUCUAUCAGACAGCACGAGUCUCAGCUUCUCUUAAGCUCUGCAAUUACUUGUAAGGUUUUACGCAAGGAAACUGUUCUCAACAUUUUCGAAAGGUUGCACCAACAAUACGGCUCUGGAUUUGUCGAGCCGCUGAAGCAGGCCAUUCUUGGGGUUGUUGUUAUGACUGAUUAUAACAACAGAACUUAUAGAGUGGAUGACAUUGACUUUGAGGUUAAUCCUCUGUCGCAGUUUUCCUUGCGAGGGGGAAACAUGACAACUUUCGUCGAAUACUAUAAGACGAAAUACCAGAUUGUUAUUAGAAACACACAUCAACCACUCCUUGUGUCUCGAGUGAAGUCAAAUGCCCCAGGAGAUCCUGAAAGCUCGGUUUACCUCAUUCCAGAAUUAUGUAGAAUGACUGGUUUGACUGAUGAAAUGAGGAGCAACUACAAACUGAUGUCCUCGAUUGCUCAGUUCACAAGAAUGGAACCUCAGAAGAGAAUUGAUGCCUUACUGACCUUUGGGAGGAGACUUGUGGAAAAACCAGAAAUCAUUGCCGAACUGAAAAAAUUUGAUAUGGAGUUCAGGCCAGAGUUGAAAUCGAUCCAGGGACGGAUCAUUCCAAUGGAAACCAUUGUCCAAGGAUCUGCUGGCCGAGAGAUUCGAUACGAAAGUGGCCAAAAUGUCGAUUGGACCCAAAAGUUAAGAGCCAAUGAAAUGCUUGCUGCUGGUAGAAUGGAGCGUUGGGUCGUCAUCAUCCCAAGCUUUAUGGUUCGUGAGGCGCGCCAGUUUGUCAACCAGAUCUUGCAGGCCGCCAGAGGAAUGAGCUUGAAUAUUACUGAGCCCUAUGUGCAUGAUAUUCGUGAUGACUCAAUUGCAACCUACGUUAAUGCCAUUGAACAGAUUUUGAGCCGCCAACUGCCCGACAUCCUCGUUUGCAUGGUCUCCAAUAAUAGGCCGGACCGAUAUGCAGCCAUCAAAAAGAAGUGUUGUGUUGAGCGAGCUGUUCCCACUCAAGUCAUCACAAAGAAAUCAAUUACUGCAAAAAGUGCAAUGUCGAUUGCAACCAAAAUCUGCAUCCAGAUGAACUGCAAAGUCGGAGGCGCCCCAUGGACUUGUGUCAAUCCUAUGAAAGGUGUCAUGGUGUGCGGAUUUGAUGCCACCCAUGACUCCAUGAACAAAAGGUGCUCAGUUGGGGCAUUCGUAUCCACCCUCAAUAAUUCCUUCUCAAGAUAUUUCUCAAAGACGUUCACCCAUGAUAAAGGAAUGGACAUCAGCAAAUAUAUGGCUCAAGCAAUGAAAAUGGCUAUCGACAAGUUCAGGGCCUACAACGAUGGUAGUCUGCCAAGCAGGAUCAUUUUCUACAGGGAUGGAGUGGGAGAAGGACAAAUUGAGUAUGUCCUCAAAGAUGAAGUGGGCAUCAUCAAAGCCACACUUGAGUCCAUUUAUGGAGGUCCAAGUUACAAACUGGCAUUUGUGAUCGUCUCCAAACGCCUCAACACUAAAAUCUUCACAAACAGUCGUCAAAAUCCACCUCCUGGAACAGUUGUUGAUGAUGCCAUUACUCUGCCUGAAAGGUAUGAUUUCUACCUUGUGUCUCAGUCAGUGCGGCAAGGAACUGUCUCCCCUACUUCAUACAAUGUCAUCUUUGACAACUCUGGACUUGAUCCAGACAAGAUGCAAAGGUUCACUUACAAGAUGACACACUUGUACUACAACUGGAGUGGCACAAUUAAAGUCCCAGCACCAGUGCAAUAUGCGCACAAACUCAGUGAGCUAGUUGGGCAACACCUGCAUCGUGAGCCAGUGCCAGCUUUGGAGGAGCUGCUCUACUUCCUCUAGACUGGAGACCACUAGACGCAACAGAAACUUUUAUUCUUAGUUAUUAAGUAAGAAAAAAACGCAAUUUUACUCUCUGCCUUGUGAGCGCAAUUUUAUUUUAUCUGUGGAUCUUAUUGAAUAGAGAAAUGUCUCUAUGUAAUCCAAUAUUAUGUUGGAUUUGCAUGCUCAUUUAAUUUGGAAAUAGUGCCAACUAGAAUUUCAUUUUGAGAAAAGUUUUGUAAAAAUUUGGAGAAAUAAAACUACAAUUAUUUCUGU